UUCACAGUUCACAGUUGCUCGUAAGUCGUAAGUCGUAAAAUAUUAUAUUAAACUAUUUGUAAAUUAGUUCAUUGAGAUAGUAUUUAUUUAUUCCGUUAAUUUUCUUCAAAUUAAAUACUUCUUUUUUACGUUUGUCUUCGUACUCCAUAAACGGAUUACUGAAGUGAUUGUUUUGUUACAGUGAAGCUUCAUGGUCGGUGUUAGUUAAAGCGGCGUGCGAGGGUUGGCACUGGCCAUUGGAUGGCUAUGUAUUACUACGCGAGCAAGCUAAACGAGGCGUCAUGUAGCGGGUGUAAUGUGAAGGUGCCCUCGGCGCCGUCAGAGGCUGCGCCUGCGCCACCAGCGGAUCAUUCCCAAUUGCUGAAGACAGACUCAACUUUACUCGGCACUGGACUGUCGUACUAUGAUAAUGAUGACUACUACUCCAUGGUAAGAGGAAACAAAUUUAUGUCGGAGAGUGCAGUGAAGCAUCUAAUGAUGAACGGUGGUCUUAACUUUGUCGCCACACAAAAAACUGAUCAACCCCAGCUUUCCAACCCUCCAGCUAAAAGCCUAUCCCUACCCUACGUGAAUACAGAAAAGCCGGACCUAGAGUACAAAGAUGGCCAGAUUGUCAGUGGUACAAUAGACUCUCUGGCUGACCUUCUACGGCCAGGGGCCAGCAAAUCAUUUAUUUUCACAUUCUUGCUCUGUUCGAGGCUUUUCAUCAAGCCACAUGAGCUUUUAGCCAAAUUAUGCAAGAGAUAUUUUCGAAAUUACGAUAAAGUGGGAAAGUCCGAAAUGAAGGAUUCAGCAGAAAAAGAAGUCCAAGAGAUGGUGUCAUUGGUCCGUGUUCUUGAUAAUUGGACCAGCAUGUUCCCGUACGACUUCCGAGAUGACCGUGUUAUGGCCCUCGUGAAGAGUAUCACGCAGAGGUAUUGCCGAUGCUCAGCAGAGCAUAUGAGCUCGGUGCGUGCAGAGAUGUCGAGUGUUUUGGAACGUUUGCUUGACAAACUAACAGCGUUAGAACAUUAUGAAGAGACAUUGAUCGAUGUGCCGCAAGUUUUGAAUGUGGAUACCUUACUGCAGGGAGAUGUUUUAACUCUAGGCCUAACACCAGUGGAACUGGCCAAUCAGCUAACGAUGCUAGAAUUGCAUCGGCUGUCUUUUAUCGGCCCCGAAGAGUUUGUUCAGACCUUUGUACCGAAUCAACCCUCAACAUCAGGAAAAUCAAUUACUCUUCAACACGUGGAAACGAAAAGUACCAAGAAUUUGGAGGCCUACGCCGAGUGGUUCAAUAGAUUGAGCUUUUUGGUCGCUUCUGAUAUUGUCAAGCCAGUGAAGAGCAAAUACAGAGCGCGUGUGAUUGAGCAAUGGGUGAUGACUGCGAGGGAAUGCUUUAAUUUGGGCAAUUUCAACUCGCUUAUGGCCAUCAUCAGCGCACUCAACAUGAUUCCUGUCACCAGGCUUAGGAAAACUUGGAGCCGCACUUCAGGGGUCUGCGUGCAGCAGUUGCGACAACUCGAGCUCUGCGUUGAACCAAGUGGAAAUCAUGCGAGGUACAGAGCAGCUCUAGCAGCGGCGCCUACAGAGACAGCUGUUCCACUACUCUCAGUCACUUGCAGAGACCUGCAUUUCGUAAAUCAAGCCUCACCUAACAAACUCUCGGGUAAUCGUAUAAACUUCUCAAAGUGUACGCUCUUGGCGCGUCAUGUGUGCUCUCACCUGGCAGCGAGACGUCUCUGCGCUGAAGGGACGGUUGUCAUGGCAACCCCGACAGCACUCAACCCCGCUGCUCGUGCCUUUUUCACUGAGAGGAGCACGCUUACAGAAAGGGGACUGGAACUGACAUCAUUCGACCGCGAGCAUCCCACGGACCAGCUGGAGAAGGAGCGUUUUAAGCGUUUACGCGGCGGAACCUAAAAUAAAAUAUUCUGCGUGUCUGAUGCGUACACGCAGCUAUUAGCCAUGCCAUACACAGGUUCAGUACAAUUCCUAUCUGCCUGCGGUUGUCGGGUGGAUUAUUUCGAACAUUUUUAUUCUUUUGGAGGCCGUUUACCGUGUACUAGUAAUUCAAAACUAAAUUGUACAAGUUUCAAUCCGGUAGUGUUUGCCAAGUUUGAACGUAGAGCAGAUCUUGGUCUAUGAUUAUGUCAAACUCAGGAUCUGUCAAACUACUUCUGUGCAAGAAGUGACGUAUUUGUCAGCUCAACUUUAUUUAGUGUUAACAAACUCAAAUAUUGACGUUUAUAAUACUUUUUUUUAUAGAGUUUGAUAACUCUGGAGUAAGAUUACUGCAUGUUCGCGAAUUAUAUUUAUUAUAAAUUGCACAACUUUUUGUGAUAAAAUUUAUGUUAUUGAAACAUUACAAUUUUUUCAAAUUUAUUUUCGAGAAAAUUCAUUUAAAAAUCAAAUGUUUAAACCAAACGAUUUGGUUUGUAAGAAAAGUAUUUCAAUGUGUUAAUAGCACUUCAUAUAUAAUCUAUUUACAUUCGUAUAUUCGAUUUUAUUUACCAGUUCAAAAUAUAUAAGGCUGGUCCUUUCUCUUUGAAAAAUAUACUUAUAUGUAGCGUAAAAUGUAUUUAUCAGAGCUAUGUACGCAUUGAGUACAUAUAUAGACAAAUCACAUAAGAAAUUAUUUAAGUGAAUGGAAUUUGAUAUAGACAUCCCGAUAGUUAAUGUGCCCACACAUAGUGUCGGAGCAGCCGUAGUUAACAGUUAUAGUAUAUCUUUAAAUUACGUCUGAUUGCACUCGUAAUUAACUCUUCCGUCUCUUUCUGUCAAAUGAUGAUAAGAAGAGAUGAGGAUUUUAAGUAGAAUGCAAUUAGAUUUUAUGAAUAAUAUCUGUAAUAAGAUAGAAAUCAAUAUUUGACUUUUCAAGGGACAUCUUAGGUGAUAUUCGUGACUUGACGCUCCCGUAUGUCAAACACGUACUGACUUUUGACACACCGGAGACAGACUGAAUGUCACACAAAGUAUUCUCCUACAUUUGUGUACUGAUAGGGACAAUGUCAUUAUUGACGCCAUUUUUGAACCAAGUUCCUCGUUACAGUAUUUGAAUAUUGCCAUUUAAUCUAAAAUUUAUUGUAGAUUCAGAACUAGAUGGCGAUUCUUGAAUGAUCUCAUUUUCUUGUUGUUCGAAUUAACUGAUGUUUAGAUUGGUUCGAAAGACGACCAAUCAAUGCCUACUUAAGAUAACGUAGUUUAAGUACCUUCUUAAAAGUAUUAAAUUUAUUUAAGAAAUCUCAGUUAUUUACCGGUGUUAAGAUGUUUUUUAUGAGAUGAGGCUGAUAGCAAUAGAGGCGCGCCAAACACAUACAAAUUUCCUACAACAAUCGAAAGUUUCAAAAAUUCAAAAAAAAAACUUUGUUCAAUAACCAACUUCAAUUUAUUUUAAUUCAUAUAAACUAAAAUAUGUCUGUUAUAAAAGUCAGAGACAAGUGCAAACUAACCCGCCCAUCUGACAAUGUUGACAGAUUAGCUUACCAUUAACUCUGAAUUUGCCUAAGCGGUAAUCCGGCAUUCAUUUAGAGAUAAUUAGAAUUACACGCUAUCGAAGAUCUGUGUAUCUAAUAAGUCUACGAGAUCAGUUAGGCAAACAGAGUUAGUUAAUAUUUGUUUACCCGCAGAGUCAUAUUUAAAAAGGUGUUUCGCUCAGACAAUCUUCUGACGGUCCCAUUAACAUUUAAACUAAGCGGUAUAUAGAAAUAUAGAAUUUGUUUACUUAGAUCCAUGAACAACACCGGUUGUAUAAAGCCUCUUAAACACUGCCAUUUUAUUGCAUUAACAUAUCUGAUAGGUGCUCUCCACAAACAUCAAAAACAAUAUUCAAUAGCAAUAGGAAUUCUUACAGCCUUCUUAGUAAUCAAUGAUUUCAAUCCUUGAAAUUAUUCAAUAAACUAACCAUCGUAAAAUCUAAAUUAGUUAUAAACUGUUUUAAAUUUAUCGGCUCUGUCUAUAAAGAUAGUUAACGCUGCGAUGAAGACAGUGAUUUAAAACAGUAAUGUGUAGUGUAUGUGUAUUGUUGUCUCGCGCGCGUCGUGAAAUAAUGAGCGAGACAGCUGAUUUGGUUUAUACUUGUUUUUUUAAUGUUCGCACCUAGUUCCAAUAUAUGAAUAUUUUUUGCCUGGCAAUCCGCGAAAAACCCUCUUAAGGGUCGGUGUAUUUAUUUAAAAGGUUGUAUGCAACGCUUUAUAUUGUUUGUAUUUUUAGUUAUAAGCUUCAUCCCCACCAACAUAGUUAAUUUAACUAUAUGUUUUUACAAUGUUUUUUGUUCUGCUUGUAUGUUUAAGAUGUGUUUUAUUUAUGUUGCAUAUAAGGUAGCUCAAGAUUUAAUACUCAAUUACUUUAAGUUCAAUUUACAUUCCCCCACCAUAAGACUGACUUAAUUCCACUAAUUAUUGUUUGCAGUUUGAUCUGAUUUUGUAAUAUUGCCGCUAUUUUUUGUCGCAGGAUUUUUGUUGUAAAGACGUUAGUACACUGAACUUUCACAGACUGAACAUGUUGUCCUAGCAGUAUCUUAUUGGUCCCGAAGACCAGUAAGAUACCGUUACGUCGUAUCACGAAACGGUUCUCAGUUUGUAAUGGCAGAAUUGUUGUGAUAUGCCUGUUAGUAUGUAAUUAAUUUGCCAUGAAUACAGUAUUUAUAGAAAUUAUUAUGUGAUUGCAGUACUUAAUUUACAUUCCGUUAGGUGAAGAAUAAUUAUAUUUGUGUUGGGAGAUUGGUUUUUUAAUUGAGGCAAUCCUGGGAUGGUUGACGUAGUUCUAGCGCGUGCUGAAAAAAAUUUAAACAUUUAAACGGGAAGAACUUUCUGUAAAUUUGUUAAUUGAAAAAAUGACUACGUAAUUCCUGUUUUAUUUAAACAUCGUAUUAUAAUAUUGAUCUAGUGUUAUUAAGGACUAUAAAGUAACGGAAACCUUUGAACUAUUAUGUCACAAUCUUUGAUCUCUGGUCGGCAUAUCCAAUAAAUAACUAGUCAAGGCAACAGUAAAAAAAACAUUAAAUUUUUUAUUUAUUUCCUGGUCUUUUUCAUUUCAAUCAGCUCGCGUUAGACGUCCGUGGUUACAAGUGAGGGUUGUCACAUUUUUAAACUAAUGUCGCAGAGUUUAACAUAGAUCUUAUCAUGUAGUCGUAAAAUUAUUAUAAGUAUAUUAUACGUGUUCCUCAACUAUGCGGAUUUUAUUGAAGUAAUGUUCAAAUUAUACAGAAUUUUAUCUGACUUGUAGUAUUCUAAAAUUUUGUGAAUUUUUCUAAAGAUUCUAUUUUAAACGUUAUAUGCCGUACUCAAUUUAGGAACUUCUGAAGAAAAAUAGUGGCAGUUAUAUUUACCUUAGUGGUGUUCAUACCUUAAAAGAGUACUGCGUAUAUUCAAGGUUUGAUUAAAUGUAUUAACGCCGCAUAUAGAUUAAAAAUGCACUGAAAGUUUUACAUCUAUAUACAUCGUGAUACUGUUUGAAUUAUUGAAUUGUUCGGCAUUCUUUUGAAAUAUACCUUGAUAAUUUUAAUAAGAGUGUUUAAAUUACCUUCAACAUGUUUACACAUUGUAAAAGUACUGUAUGGGAUUCAAUAAAUUAUUCAAGAAAU